UGUUGUUGUUGUUUAAAAAACAACAAUCGGGGGCGGGGGGGAGGAAAUAAUAAUAAUAAUAUAUAUAUAUAUAUCUGUGCGAAGUCCCGGAAAAUUCCUCGAAGCAGCGGAGGCGGAGAGACAAUCGGAGGCGGGAGGCGAGCUCUCUGCAGGUCUGGUCUAAUGGACAGCGGACCCAUUAUCACCCAGGUUAGCAAGGAAGAGGUGAACAGUCCUCUGCAGGAGAAAGGGGUUCAGAACCAAACAUCUUCCAAGAAACCCAGGAAUCGCAGCAUCUUCCAAUCGCUUUUUUGCUGCCUUUGCCAUGACAACUCAGAGCCUAUCCCUGUCAACAACAAUGCCCCACUGCUGGUGGAAGAAAACGGUUCGGUGACCAAGACCACAGUCAAAUACCUAUUGCCAGAAAUCAAACCCCAAGAUGCCAGUAAAAUCUGUGUGGUGAUUGACUUGGAUGAGACAUUAGUACAUAGUUCCUUUAAGCCGGUGAACAAUGCAGAUUUCAUCAUCCCAGUGGAGAUUGACGGGGUCAUGCACCAGGUGUAUGUACUGAAGCGACCCCAUGUGGAUGAGUUUCUGAGGCGGAUGGGUGAGCUCUUUGAGUGUGUACUCUUCACUGCUAGCCUGGCAAAGUAUGCCGAUCCGGUGGCUGAUCUGCUGGACAAGUGGGGAGCCUUCCGCGCUCGGCUCUUUCGUGAGUCAUGUGUCUUCCACCGGGGUAAUUACGUCAAGGACCUCAGCCGCCUAGGACGCGAUCUCACACGGAUCAUCAUUGUAGACAAUUCACCGGCCUCUUAUGUCUUCCACCCUGAUAAUGCUGUGCCUGUGGCUUCGUGGUUUGACAACAUGGCUGACACGGAGCUGCUCGACUUGCUGCCUUUCUUUGAGAGACUCAGCAAAGUGGAUGAUGUAUAUACUGUGCUAAAGCAGCAGCGGACUACUAGCUAGUGACCAAUGGAGGGGGCAGGGCUUUGGGCAGGGGAUGUCGGAGGGGUAGGUGUGCCCAUUUUGGCUGCUUUCUUCUGCUGACCUGUUCCCUCGACCUCGACAAGCAAUGCAGUGCCCAGGAAACCCUGCAGGAGGCAGCAGAGAGCAAUUAUUCCCGUGAGGCACCAGAAGAAACUCCAGCAUCUGAAUAUGAUCUUGAACCCCAGAAAGGAAACCUCCUUGCUGCUAUGGUUCACAGUUUCUCCCCUUGGAUUAUGGGUUGCAGAAACCAGGACAUCAGCCCCUUUCUCUACACACACACACACACACACACACACACACACACACACACACACACACAACAUCAAAUGUAACCAAAGCUACCAUCCAACUAUGGUCCUUUCCCUUCUAAUCAGAACAGUUUUCCACUCGUUUCCUGCCAUCUUGGGGGAAAGAUACACAAGUCUCUUUCCCGGGUAUUCACUGCACUUCAUUGUGGUAACUGUUCGUAUAUCUCCAUUGUCCUCAUUGCAGGAAAAGUGAUUUCUAAAAUCACCUAUCGGCUAGGAAGAGCCCAGAUUGAAAAUAUUCAAGAAAAGGUGGAGAAGAAAAGCUAAAAAGAACAAGCAGAACUAAUGUGGUGUGGAUGGGACAGGGAUACAGAAAAGUGAUAGAAAGAUGUGAGCAGGGGGUUGGCUUUUUUAGUGGCCUCAUCUCCGCCCUUAAAGGAGAAAAUGUGUCUGCUUCUUCAAAAGGCUUAGAUUUUUACUUGAAAUUUAAGCUGGAUCUUUUCACAAAGGGGCUGUGGAAAGUGUAUAACUAUUACACAUAAGCUAUCUCUUGGGACUAAUAGUGAGGUCAGUUUUGUCUUUUGCUCCUCUUGGAAAUAUCUCCCCCUCCCCUUAUGGGAAAAUUCCUAACUUUCCAAAUACAGUGAGGGGAGAA